AUGAAGGAGUAUGUUGUCACAAUUAAGGAACAUGAACAUGCCGCGCUUUGGUCGGCCAACCACGUCGCUGCCAUUACCGCCCUCAGAGACUCAGAACCCUUCUGGACGGUCCUCGUGACACCCCUCAACAGCUCAGAGCCUGGCGAGGAGACAGACAGCGUGCUGGAGCAGACGCUGCGCCUGAUAGCGCUGGAACAUUUCCAUGCUGCGCGCCACGCCAACAAGAAGCGCGCCCACGGCCUGGCUGAAGCCCUCGCGUCCGCCUUCUCCACCAACUGGAAGAACUUGAACCAACACAUGGUGGGCUGGGUGGGUGAUGACAGCAGUUGCCAGCAGGGCGUGACGAGGCUGCGGUGCUGGAGAGACCUGCUGGUGGUGCUGUUCAGCGAGUACCCGCACUGCAUACCUGAUCUUGAGGCGCGGGAGCUGUGUGAGCUGACCAUGACAUCGCUGACGUCAUGCCUCGGCUCUCCAGAGGAGCCGCUGCUCAGGGCUGCUGCUCACCUUCUCGCUGAUCUUCUGCUGACACUUGCCAGCUAUCGUCCUGGGCUUGGCAGCGGUGUCUGGUACUGGGAGGCCAUUGGCCGCGUGCUUGAGGCCCUGAGAGCCUCCCUCCUGCAGACACCUGCACCCACACAGGUGCGUCUGCUCUCUGCCCUCCUGCUGCACCUGCAGCAGCUGCUGCACCUGCAGCAGCUGCAGCACCUGCAGCAGCUGCAGCACCUGCAGCAGCUGCACGACCGUCCUCCUGCGUCCUCUGCUGAUGGUGACAAGCACCGCAGUGCUCAAGAUUUGAGCGGCUCUGUCUUGGAUGCUGCUCGAGCCAUCGUGGAGCAGCACUGCAGCCUCGCCAGCCCUGCAGCAAACGAAGCUUUCUGCAGUAAUGCUGUGGUGCUGCAAGUGGCGUGCUCGGUGCUGCACACAAUUCUGCUGCUGCAGCCUGACGCAGCUGUCGACGAGAUGCUGCGCUCGUCACACGUGCUGACGGCGGCGCUGCUGCACGCGGCUGACGUCCAUAUACGUACCGGAGGGGCAAGCACGUCAGUUUUGUCAGCAGCAAGUCAGUCCUCCAGUGCCUCGGUUGUGUCAGUGUCAGGAGCAGAAGUCAGCAGCAGUGGCAGCAGUUCAGUUGUCAGCAUUUUAAGCCGCUUGCUGACAAGACUCGCCUGCAGUGAAGCUUCCGCUCCGCUGCUAAACACCGGACAACUUUCUACUUCCGUUGCGCUCGCUGCGACCGCACUGACGGUUUGUGACAUUUCAGCUGCUAGAUAA